AUGUCUAAACCAAUUUUUGUUUGCGUUCCCGGAGCCUCACAUUCCCCUCUUAUCUGGGAGCCCCUAAAAGUGGCUCUGUCAUUCCACGGCUACACCGCAGUUCCUCUUGCUUUGCCAUCCGUUGGAGGAAAUCCACCAACGUACGAUUUCGGUGAGGAUGUGCAAGCUAUCAAGAACCUCGUUAUAGAGAUAUCGGAUUCUGGGUCCGAUGUGAUUUUGGUGUUGCAUGCUUAUGCCGGUUUACCAGGAGGAGAGGCUCUUCAAGGCCUAAGCAAAUCCGAAAGACAACAAAAGGGGCUCAGAGGUGGUGUUAUACGGCUUGUUUUCAUAAUGUCCUAUAUGGCAAUAGAAGGCUUUCAAGGAGGCUCUCGUGGAGAUACCUCUGCUUUUAUGCCCUACAUGCGCAUCAACCUCCAAGUACGUCGGGCUUUCUUGUUAUGUGCCGGAAUAUCGACAAUAAACCCACAAGAAGCUGUCUCUGUCCUCUAUAAUGACAUGCCAAAAGCGGAAGCAGAAUACUGGGCUUCGCAACUACAACCUCAGAGCAUAGGAGUCUUCUGGAGCAAAACGACUUAUGCCGCCUGGCGGUAUAUUCCUUCAACGUACGUCUUGUGUGGCAAAGAUCAGACCAUCACUCUUCCUUACGCCGAAAUGAUUCUCAAGGCCGCACAAGACUCCAAGCCGAACGCGAUUGAUACGGUAGAGAAGUGCGAAGAAGCUGGCCACAGUGUCAUGCUGAGUCAACCAGAAUGGACAGCGAAUAUGCUGAGAAGAGCAGCAGGGGAGAGAAUACGAUGA